AUGCCUCGUUCGAUCUACAACUAUCGACUAUCUCCGUUUGAUAGCGCGCCAUGGACGCUACACCCCGUCUCGUCGAUUUGCACCUUCAACGUCCGCAUCGGCUCUACGCAGGGUUUCAAUAUUAGUCAUGAUUACGAUUUCCGUCAGUUCGCUGACAAGAUUGCUAAGAUUAGCUUGAUCAAUGGCGACUUGACACCCGAACUCGUCAACGGCCUGCUUGACUAUCAGACGUGGUCGUUGAUCAAUCGAUGUUUGAUCGCCGAUGGCACGAAUGCAGGGUGCCAAAAAACUAAAUUGAUUGUUCUGGUUGUUAGCGAGCAGGAGCUGACCUACAACCGUCUGACAGGAGAAGUAUUGGAUUUUACGACCCCAAAAUAA